CAUCUCUUCAUUUUCCAACCAUCUUCUUCUUUUCGCCACACCCGUAAAUAUUUACUUUUUCUCACUAUGUUCAACUUAUUAUUAUUAAAUUAACUAAUUUAGUGUAUGCCACUAGAAUUAUUUUUAUAUAAAAUAUUUUUCAUCACCUUCCUGAUUAGAUAAUAAUAUAAUCAAAAAUUCACCCAUUUCCUUCAUCUUCCCCAAUCUCUCUAAAACCCUAGAAACUCACUUCCUCAGUUUCUCCAACUCUGUACUUCGUAUCAUCAAGCGAAACCCUAAAAGAAGCAAUCUUUAGUCUCUUCUCUUCUUUAUUUUUUCUGGGGAGAAAGAAAUUUCACUUUUUUUUAUCCGAUUUCUGCUUCAUCUGGGUUUUGGAUUUUUGCGAUCGAUUUUGAGAAAUUAGCAAACAAUGUCGGGUUCUGGAGGAGUUUCAAUCGCACGUACAGCGAUCCGUGGUGAGAAUCGGUUUUAUAAUCCACCUCCGAUGCGUAGGAUGCAGCAAGAGGCCCAAUUGCAGCAACAGAUUAGGGAGAAGCAACGUCGUGAUGAUGAAGAUGAGGUUUUGAUGGAUAAGGAAAGGAGAAAGGCUGCUACUGUUGCUCCGAGGACUACUAGGAAAGGUCUUGGUGUGUCGGAGAGUAAGAGUCGGGUUGUUGUUUCGGGUUCGGAAGUAUGUGCCGGUUCUUCUGAUUCUUCUUCCGGGUCGGGUCGGGUUCUUAGUGAUGGGUCUAACUUGGAUCGGUUCUUGGAGCAUACUACUCCUGUUGUUCCUGCUCGUUUAUUUCCCAUGAGGAGCAGGUGGGAACUUAAAACCCGUGAAUCGGAUUGCCAUACGUAUUUUGUUUUGGAGGAUCUUUGGGAGUCAUUUGCUGAAUGGAGUGCAUACGGUGCUGGUGUUCCUUUAGAGAUGCAUCCUCUAGAAAUGCAUGGGAAUGACUCCACUGUGCAGUAUUAUGUGCCUUACUUAUCCGGUAUUCAGUUGUAUGUUGAUCCGUUGAAGAAGCCUAGAAAUCCAGUUGGAGAUAAUGAAGGAAGUAGUGAAGGAAGCAGCAACAGUAGGACUUUGCCGGUGGACUUGAGUGUCGGUGAACUGAAUAGAAUUAGUCUGAAAGAUCAAUCUAUUACUGGCUCGUUGUCUAGUGGAGAAGCUGAGAUCAGCAAUCCGCAGGGACGAUUACUAUUCGAGUACUUGGAGUAUGAACCUCCAUUUGGCAGGGAACCUCUGGCUAACAAAAUCUCGGAUCUCGCGUCAAGAGUUCCUGAGCUAAUGACAUACCGGAGCUGUGAUCUUCUUCCUUCAAGUUGGGUCUCUGUGUCAUGGUAUCCAAUAUACAGAAUACCGGUUGGUCCAACACUACAAAAUCUUGAUGCCUGCUUUCUAACUUUUCACUCUCUCUCAACAGCACCUCCUCAAAGUGCUAUGGGUUGUAGUGAUUCACAACCAUCCACAAAGCUACCGUUGCCUACUUUUGGACUCGCAUCUUAUAAGCUGAAAGUAUCUGUGUGGAACCAAAAUAGAAUUCAAGAGUCCCAAAAGAUGACUUCUUUGCUACAAGCUGCAGAUAAAUGGCUCAAGCGUCUGCAAGUUGAUCAUCCAGACUACAGAUUCUUCACCUCUAACAGUCCACAAAUGAGGUGAAAAUGAAAGAUACAUUCUUGACCAUGGAUUUGGCUCUGGUCUGAUCAAAAGACCCAUUAUCUGCUGCUCUUACUUCACAUAUAAAGUCUCUCUUACACUGAAGAACCACCAAAUAGUGGUUAGACUCUUGCGUGUUUUUCAGGCGAUUUAAGAGUCUCUGCUGUUUCGUUUCCAGAAGAUGCUUUGUGAAUUGUAGCCUAAUCUUCCUCUUUCUUCUUCUGAAACUUAGUCUUUUGAUUUUCCCUGAAUAAGGAUUUGAGGAGCCCAUAUAGUGAAAUUUGCGAGGAGUGUUUUUGUAAUGUUGAGAUGCAACACUUUUUGUGAUACAAUUUGAUUGCUGAACUGAUGAAACACAGGGUUGGCUUAUAAGUUUUAUACUGAAAAGUUUUAAGCGUUGGCUAAUUUUAC